ACCCAAAGUAUCACGUUUUUUCCAUGCUACCUACUUUCUCAGCCCUUAUUCCAAAACUCACACUGACACGUGGCACUCACAGGCUCGUCCCUAUUCCUACUUCUCCUUCCUCUCUUUUCCCUCUGCUCUCUCCCGUGUCCACCCGCUGAUGCUAUGGAUGCUCUCUUUCAAGUCCAAACCUCGGCACCAUCAACCAUGGCGAAGCGCCCGUGCACAUCCCAAAACCCUAGGAUACCGACCUUUACUCAGAUGGACCUUCUUCUCGAUGCCUUUUUGGGCCUUUCCGACUCCCCUUCCAUCUGUAUCGACUUCUCAUUCGAGAGGCUUCUCGACUCCUUGCCAUCUGACUUGGAUCAGUCUCGCCUCAUCGAUCGCGCUCUUAAAAUGGGCAACUUCUUGCUCGAGGCAAGCAAACGCUCUGCUCGGAAACGAGCUACCAAGCAUAACUCUGUCGUUUGGGCUCUUCCUCCUGACCUCACCAUCAAAGUUUUUUCCAUGCUUGACGCACAGAGUCUUUGCUAUGCAACAGCUACUUGUUCAAUGUUUCACAAGUGUGCAAUGGAUCCUUCCUGCUAUGCCAACAUUGACUUAACAACAGUUUCUCCAAGAGUUAAUAAUGCAGUGGUUUCUACAAUGAUUCAUCGAGCUGGAAACUCUCUUCAAUCUCUUAAGCUUGGUAUAGUUCCUGGCCCAACUGCAUCCCUAGGUUCUUGCCAACCGUUGGUUUACAAUGUUACUAGUUUUUCAUGGAAUGACAAAAGAUCCAGACAAGGGAAGGAGUCAUCAGUUCUCACAAGAUCCUGCUUAAGCCCUUUGGGUGGGGCCAGUACUCCUGGGAUGCUCUUGAGAACGUUGCAUCUUUACAAUAUUGAAAGAAUGGAUAAUCCAUCACUACGUGCUGCAUUAUCUGCUUGCCCGUCUCUCCUUGAUCUGGAAAUUGUGGGCCUUCAUGUGGAGUUGAGACAGACAUUGACAUCUGUGAUUGAAAACUGUCAAUUUAUAGAGCGUUUGUUCUUUGAAUCCUCAAAAACAGGCAGAGAUGAUAGCUUGAAAUCACCGACAUGUGUUGAUCUAGUUCAAAAGUGUCCUCGUUUAGUGUCUUUAGCCCUUAGAGGAUUUAAACUCCAUGAUUAUAAAGUUCGCAUUCUUCUUAAGGGACUUCGGAAGCUAAAAUAUGUUGACUUUUCAACGUCUUACUCAAUUACUGGAAGCUUUCUUAGAAACCUUGGCAACAGUAUAGGUGGUAAUUUAUUGGAGGUCUUAAUUUUAAGAGAUUGUAUGCAUCUCAAAGAGGUGGAAGUUGCUCGUUUCAUGACAUCAUUACUUGCUGGAGAUUUCAAGUUUCUUCGACAUCUUGAUAUGUCCAACAGGGAAGGAUUGGCAUCUGAGGGUGAUUGGUAUGAGAGAUGCUACAAUUCAAGGAUCAUUCCAAUUGAGCAAGUAAUGAAGGAAAGGCCUGAUUUAUGCUUGCUGGCUGAUUUUCCAUCAGAAGGGAGUUACUUCGAAAUUGAACAGAUGCUGGAAAGCGAAAUAAACAGUGAUAUUAGCCUGCAGUCACAGCUGAGCAAUCAAACAUCUGAUUCGAUGUUUAUAAGUUCUUCAGAAAGCAGCUAUAAUAGUGAUCAAGGUAGUGGCAAUGAGGAUGGCCGAGAUGCCAGCUAUGUAAUAUUUGAGGAGAGCUCAGACGAGGUGGAUUUUCUUGCCCUGUAGGAGGAGAAGUUAUAAGCAAGCGCUGGUAGUUGCAGCAACCAAAUGAAUUCGGAAACAGUCAAUACCACCUCGUUCUCUCCCACAAUAAACCUGCCUUUGUUGUCGACGUGUUGGAUUAGUCGAUGUUAACAUAUAGGCAUAUCAUAUCUCAUGUCAUCAUUUAUUUAACGCGAUAGUUAUGUACAAUCAUCAUUUAGUUAACGGUUGGGAGUACAUAAAAUUAUAAAAGUCAUGGGUUAUUACCACAACUUUUUGAAGUAUAGGGACUAAAUACGACCAUUGAACUUUCGAGUUUAAAUUU